UAAAAUCCGAUUAAAAAAAGGCGGUUUGUGCAAUCCGAGUACAGAUAGCACAUUCCACCUCUUAUAAAUACUCAAGUUUUCAGAAUUCCUCUAUAAAUUCAGAAGUAUUCAAACUUUCUCUCUCUCUAGCGGCGAUUUCUCGGAUCUAUAAUACCAGAGGAAAGAAAAGGAAACCCUAAUGGCCGAACAAGGAGUGGAUUUGUCAAAACAUCCAUCUGGAUUUAUUCCUACUCUCCAGAACAUUGUCUCAACUGUCAACAUGGAUUGCAAGCUAGAUUUGAAAGCCAUCGCAUUGCAAGCUCGUAAUUCGGAGUAUAAUCCCAAGCGUUUCGCGGCCGUAAUCAUGAGGAUACGGGAGCCAAAGACGACUGCCCUAGUAUUUGCUUCUGGUAAAUUGGUAUGUACUGGAGCUAAGAGUGAGCAGGACUCAAAACUAGCAGCUCGUAAGUAUGCUCGAAUUAUUCAGAAACUGGGAUUCCCUGCCUCAUUCAAGAAUUUUAGAAUCCAGAACAUAGUGGCGUCUUGUGAUGUGCAAUUUCCUAUCAGACUGGAGGGGGUUGCAAGCACUCACUAUGCCUUUUCUCAUUAUGAACCAGAAAUAUUUCCUGGCUUGAUCUAUCGCAUGAAACAACCAAAGAUUGUGCUGCUUAUAUUCGUCUCGGGGAAGAUAGUCCUGACUGGAGCUAAGGUGAGAGAAGAGACUUACACUGCCUUUGAGAAUAUAUUCCCAGUGCUUAGCCAGUUCAAAAAAAACCCAAAAUGAUUUAUCUAAGAAGUUGCUGCUCACGACUGCAUUACAUCCGGUGAAUUGUGAAUAGAUGAUACAUGAUGGGCAUGCAACACCUAAAUUUUUGUUAUUUAGAAGAUGAAAGCCAAUUUUUUUCCCUGUCACGUGGAUAACUGUCUCAUAAGAUUAGACAAAGAUUGAGUAGAAAGAAAAUCUGAAGUACAUUUUUUUGCAUAGUCCUUAAUGUCAAAGUUAGAGAUCAUUAUAAUUCACAACCAAGUUUAAUGUACAUAUUGUUAUUUUUGCAAUGGUAGUUUCCGCUCAUUGGAUUUGUCUUGCAUCUUUACUUUCUUGUGGGUCAUGUAACAACACCACCUUGUGUAGAUACAACUUAAGAAUCAAUUUAAAUUUGAAGGUCAGAGUUUAUCGUUUUA